UAAUUGAAUAACUUCACUGCUGUUUUUCUGUCACCUUUUGACUUUGACAAUAACGAUAAAAAAUCAGAUUUUGUGAAAAAUUUUGAAGAAGCCUGUUUUUUGCUAUUAAUUAUUCGUGAGUAGAUGUUCAAAAGGCGAAUCAUUCAAUUGAUUGUUGCCUUAGAAAUCCCAGUUUGAAAACAUAUCAAUCGAGUCACUAUAAAGCACAAGUUUACUGCAAUAUUGCAAGUGAAAGGGAAACUUUGCAAAGCUGGAUCUAUUGCUGUACUUUUUAAAAAAAUAUGACCAACUUGCAGAUAGAAAACCUAGUCAACUCUAGCAGAUUCCCAGAUAAAGGCAAGAGCAUCCUUCUGGCUCUCUUAUACUUACCAGUGGGCCUACUGCUGCUUUUGCUAAGAUGCAUGUUAGUCUUCAUCUUUUUCAUUCUGGGACAGAUCCUUCCAAACACACCGCCAAUUCAUUCUUUCCUGAGCAAUUUUGCAUGCCUGUGUUUUGGCAUUAUAGUAUCUGUUGAAAACCGGAAAACGAAGGAGAAUGUUGAAGUUUUCGUCAGCAAUAGCUUGUCGAUUUUUGAUCAUGUGGCCAUCAGUAAAGCUAUUGGAACCGUCUUGCCGCUGAAUAAAACGCCUCUGCAAAGUCUGCCCGCUUAUGGGACUACUGAUUUCGGUUCGAUAAACAACACAGAGACGUUCAAACGGAAGCUGGAAGCAGUGACUAAGGACAGAAAAACACCCAUCCUGGUUUGCCCUGAGGAGUCCACCACCAAUGGCAACGCCCUCUUGAAAUUCAACUCAAAGUACUUCAAGUUUUUCCAAAAAGUCCAGCCCCUGUGCAUCACGAUUAAAAGGCCAGUGGUCAACAUUGCCAUUUCCACUCUGGGUUCGACCUACAUGAACGAUAUCAUUUACUUCAUGUUCUCCCCGUUUACUAACUACAGCAUCAAAUUCCUGCCUUCAAUGGACAAGAAGAGUCUUUCAGAGGACGAGUUCGCUGAUGUGGUUCGCCAGAAUAUAGCUGCAGAACUGAAGAUUGAAGCUACACAGUUUAGCUCAUCAGAGGUUGCAGAAUGGUCCAAGCGACGUCUGGAUGAGGAAAGGCGACGCAAUCAAGAGCAGACCAAUGGUCGCUCGUCAUUGACUCGCUUUGCCAAUCCCCAAGUCUUGAGGAUGGUGUCCCAAGUCAAGGAAGUGCUACCGCAUGUGCCAAUCCAGGCCAUCUAUAACGAUUUGGCUGUGACUAGAAGUGUGGACACAACAAUCACAAACAUUCUCGAAGGGCGCGUGCGGUUCACGCCUGAAGCGAGCCGAUCAGCUGCAGCUGUGCCGUCGACAUCCAGUCAGCCGUCCACCUCUCCAAACAAGAGCACGAUUGCUACCGGAGUGGCUGCAGCGCCUUUUUCGCAUCUGCACAUGGCAGCAUCGACAUUCGGUAAAAAUGCUUCGGAACGUACGCGAUCGUUCCAGGAGCGCAAAGAGCAGCUGAUUGCUGCUGCCAGACGUCGGUAUAUCGAGAAACACAAUCUGGAACUACCGCUGUAGCGGCGCCCCAGUUUAAAGCGAAACUCGCUACUCUGUUUAACAUCUAGAAAAGUAUACAUAUUUUUUUCAAAUUGCUUGCUUUGUCCACCGGUUGGGUCAAAUUUUUCAGUUUAAGCGUAUUUACUGGGUUGUUAAAAACAUGUUUAUUGACUAAGUUUUUUUGGGGCGAGAUUCAACCAAGUGAGUCUUCUUCUACUAUAGGCAAAAAAUCUCCUGCUUCAUCUUGUUCAGUUUAGCAAGUAUGAACAUGUAGACUAGACGUUCAUUUAUCUACUGUCAAUGUUCGCCACACCUACUGAGGAAAGCUGCGUUCAUCAAGGUUUUUUAAUGGGGAGUUAUAUAGACACCCUGUACAAGUGCCAAGUGCGGCGAUAUUUGCAAUAACCGAGUUUUUGAGUGUUUUAAAAAAUUUGGCUGUAAUUGCGUGACAAAUGGAGUUAAAUUGUGCGAAAACGUUUUAGCCAUCAGGGUUUUAACCGAUGUUUUAAAACAGUUGCUAACACAUGUUAACAGUGCAAUGGUUUUGGUGGAAAUAUUGUUACAGUUCGUUUCAGUUAAUUAAGUUACAUGAGCAUACACGCGUCCGGACUAGAAAUUUAAAAUUGAAAAUUUCUAUGUAUAGACUAUAAUAUAUGUAUAAUUAAAAAGUUCGUAUGAAACCUA